AUGGGCGCCAAAGGAGGAGUCGCCCUCAAGUUCCUUCAAUGGUUCAUCCGGGGCGUCCAGCUUCUAGCCUCGGCACUCAUCCUCGGCGUCUACGCCUACUUCCUGGCCGCGCUGCACAACCAUGACCUGAACAUCACCAACCAGGUGCGCGCCGUUGCCGGGAUUUCCGGAGCGGGUGUGCUGUACAGCAUCAUCGGGCUGCUGCUCCUGUGCUGCCUUGCCGGCAUAAUGUUCACCUCCUUCAUCGCCAUCGUCCUCGACGUUGCCUUCAUCGGUGCCUUCAUCUACGUCGCCGUCGCCAACAAGAACGGCGCCAGCAGCUGCACAGGAUACCUCGACACUCCGUUCGGCAAGGGCCAGGACAGCAGCAAGGCCAACGGCAGCGAUGGCUUCACCUCGCUGCCUAGCUUCCACACCGCCUGCCGACUCCAGAGCGCCUGUCUCGGUGUCGCAAUCAUUGCCAUAAUCUUCUUUGUCCUAUCCAUCCUGACCGAGGUCGCCCUCGCCCGCCACCACAACAAGGAGAAGCGCUUCGGGCCCGGCCCCAACAACAACUACACCACUGGCUACGGUUCGGGCGGCCUCUUCAACCGUAUCUUCCGCCGCGGCAAGAAGAGGACCGGCCCCGAGGAGAACGCCCUCCCCGCGCACACCACCCCCGAGCAGCUCGACCACAACCGCCAGAGCUACGCCACCGAGACCACGGCCGUCCACAGCAACGACAACCCCUACUCCGCCGACUACCCCAAGCAGGAGACCGGGUACGGCUAUCCCACCACCCAGAACGGCGUCGGGCACCAGACUGCCGCCACGCCCCAGAACUAUCGCUACGGUGAUGGCGUCUAUGACCGUGCUUAA